CCCCAACUUUUGAACCGCCUCCGCUUCAAGCAUCUCAGGAGUUGGUGCGCGGCCCUCACCAACUGCUUGCCCAGCGAAAACUUCCCAAAAUUCUCGAUCCAAGCUUUGACGAUGGUGCCUCGCAAUCCUCCACCUCGAUCUCAGCUCCUCUCCAGUGGAACCCUAGGGCUCUGUUUGCUGCUGCUGAUGACGAUGGCGGUGACGAUGGCUGAUGGCGUUCGGGGGCAAUCGGCGUCCGCCUUCGUCCAGAACGCGAUUUACUCGAACAAGAUCACCAUCUUCUCCAAAUCCUACUGCCCGUACUGCCUACGUGCUAAACGUGUUUUCAGUGAACUCCAUGAAAAACCAUUCGUUGUGGAGCUUGAUCUUCGAGACGAUGGAUCAGAAAUUCAUAGUGUUCUUCUUGAUUUAGUUGGUCGGUACACCGUACCACAAGUUUUUGUGAACGGCCAGCAUGUUGGUGGCUCAGAUGAUACAACAAAAGCAUUUUCUACUGGUCAGCUCCAGAAACUUUUAGGUAAAACACAGUGAGCAUGCAUGUGGUCUAACUGCUCGUGAAAUCUGUGUGAAUUGGGGGAAUAAGAAAAAAGAAGGAGAAGUUAUUGAUUAUAGAAAAGCUGUGAAUCAAAGGAGAAUCUGUUCGAUUGUGCAAGAACAUUUUUGCAUAUCUGGAAAUCUGCUGAGUCUCAGUGUAAUUGAAUGGAUGCAACUCAUUGCUUAUGACAUAGAUGGCUUUCGUUACAUUGAACUUGAUUGUCAUUUGUCAGUCUUCCUAUCAUUCUCCACGAUGUCGGUCACAAUGUUUCGAUUGGAAUUUCCUGCACAUAUGACCACCCGAAGUGUAGCGGGAGAAAAACUUAAUCGCACCAAAAAGUUCCAUUUCGAUCCCUAUUUGUGUGCAUCAUAUGUUCUACAAAAUCUGUUGUCUGAUUGUGCUAUGCUCUCUUGAAGAAGAUACGAGGGUGUUUUCGGUUUUAAUCAUGUGGGUAAUUGUUGUUGGUGGUUCUGUUUGUGCGCGUGUUUUUCUAUUUAGUGUUCUUGCUGAUGUGAUGAAUA